UUUGUGCACUUGACUGUUCGAACUUCAUAUAUUUGUAACGAAUAUUAGAUUAAUUUAAAAGCAAAUAAGCAUUUAAUUUAUAAAGAUAAAAAUAUUUUCGAAAUUUUAAAUGACUAAGGGUACGAUCACAUCGAAUAGACAGCCUUAAACCAGCUCUAAUUUCAAUAAAUAUUUUAUCUAUGUUCCUCAAAAUUAUAAGAGGUAAUCAUUUACACCUAAUAAAAUAUUUAUAUUAUCAACAAGUUUUAGAUGUACAAUUGUAAAUUAACAAAUUUUACGCAAUAUAAUGUACGCUAAAGCUGUUGAUUUCAUAUCGUAGAGGAAAAUUGUGUUUUUUUUUCUCUAGUUGUUUCUAUUACCAUUUAUCUAUUCAUAACCAUGUGACAGUACUCUUAGUUUUUUUGUCAGUGUAAAAUGACACUGUCAUCUGUCAUUCGCAAAUGACAAUGUCAACUGUUUUUAUCAUCGUUUCGUAACUUUUGUUUAUAGAGUAUUUGAUGAUGGCUCAGAGAUUUCCAGGUCCUGUACCAAAUCAAGGUCCUGGCGGACCUCCCCCUCAGAGAUACCAACAACCUCCAAAUCAAGGAAUUCGACAAUAUGCACAGCAAAAUUUUCCGCAACGGCCCGGUUAUAAUCCUCCUCCUCCGAAUAUUCCAUCAAGCGGUGGUACGAUGAUACAAAGACCUAGUGGUGCUCCUUAUUCGCCCAUGCGAGGCGGGCCUAUGCCUCCUCAGCCGGGAAACAAACGCCCUACCGAUAAUAGAAAUCCGAUGCAACAAAAAAAUAAUGACUACAGCCACAGCACUAGUAAAAAGAAAAAAAAGCUUGCAGAUAAAAUUUUACCACAAAAAGUGAGAGAUCUAGUGCCUGAAAGUCAGGCAUAUAUGGAUUUAUUAGCGUUUGAAAGAAAACUCGAUUCUACUAUUAUGAGAAAGAGGUUAGAUAUCCAAGAAGCUCUGAAACGCCCUAUGAAACAAAAAAGAAAGCUAAGAAUUUUCAUUUCUAAUACAUUUUAUCCUGCUAAAGAACCUCAACCUGAAGGACCUGAUGGUCCUUGUCAAGAAGGCUCUGUUGCAUCCUGGGAGUUGAGAGUGGAAGGCAGACUCUUGGAAGAUUCGAAGAAUGACCCUAAUAAAGUGAAGAGAAAGUUUUCUUCUUUCUUCAAGUCUCUUGUUAUUGAACUUGAUAAGGAUUUGUAUGGGCCUGAUAAUCAUUUAGUCGAAUGGCAUAGAACACUGACAACACAAGAAACUGAUGGAUUUCAGGUCAAACGUCCCGGUGAUAAAAACGUAAGAUGUACUAUUUUAUUACUUCUCGAUUAUCAGCCUUUGCAGUUUAAACUUGAUCCUAGACUUGCUCGUCUUCUGGGGGUUCACACUCAAACUAGACCAGUGAUUAUUUCAGCUCUUUGGCAGUAUAUUAAGACACAUCGUCUUCAAGAUGCUCAUGAACGCGAGUUUAUAGUAUGUGACAAAUACUUGGAACAGAUUUUCAAUUGUUCCCGUAUGAAAUUUGCCGAGAUUCCUCAAAGAUUGAACCCACUGUUGCAUCCACCGGAUCCAAUAGUAAUCAACCACGUGAUAUCGGUUGAAGGUGGAGCAGAGAGCAAACAAACUGCUUGUUAUGAUAUUGACGUUGAGGUGGACGACACUCUGAAAACUCAGAUGAAUAAUUUCUUGUUGAGUACUGCUAGUCAACAAGAAAUACAAGGAUUGGAUGCUAAAAUUCACGAAACUGUUGAUACGAUCAAUCAGUUAAAGACUAAUAGAGAAUUUUUCCUUAGUUUUGCGAAAGAUCCGCAGCAGUUUAUACACAAAUGGAUCGUUUCGCAGACUCGUGAUCUCAAGACAAUGACGGAUGUUGUUGGAAAUCCCGAAGAGGAACGAAGAUCCGAUUUCUUCUAUCAACCUUGGGCGCAAGAGGCAGUGUGUAGAUAUUUCUAUACAAAAGUCCAACAGAAACGGGCUGAACUCGAACAAGCACUUGGUAUACGUAAUAAUUGAAAUUUCCCAUAUUUUAAAUGUUAGAAUAAGCUCAUUUUUGUAUGGUAUAAUGUAAUUUUUUGGAAUUGAUUAUUAAAUAUAUACACGCUUUUCUA